AUGGAAGCAGAGUCGGACUCGGAUUCCGAUAAUCAGCCGGGAUACUAUCGUCGACUUUUAAAUGAUGUCUUUCGGGCAAUACGAUCAGAAAAGGGCCAUCGGCAGGAAAUACUGCGAAUGAUACGAGGCCGUGUCCCACUUCGCCAGAUCCGACUAUACUUAGACCAGGCGCUGCCGGAAAUACAGGAAAUCAAGACAGAAGAGGAACCUUCCAAGAAGGUGAAAGUGGGAGACGUCCCCGAGAAUGAUACACCACAGCCACGACCGCAAGCAAUGGAUAUCCAAUACUUAUGCGACAAUGCCCCGUGCAAAGUCCCCGCCAAACCAUGGACAAAUGUGACAGAUGAUGAUGAGCUCGUGUCACAUCUGGUGUCCUUGUAUAUGACGUGGGACUAUCCAUUCUACGCCUUCUUUGAUCGCACGACGUUUUUGGAGAACAUGGAGAAAGGGAAUCUGAAUUCGGACUUUUGCAGCCCAUUCCUGGUGAAUGCCUUGCUGGCAAAUGCGUGUGACUAUUCACAAUAUGCCGAGGUGUACACCAUUGCCGGAGACACUAAUACCAAAGGUGCUGCUUUUCUAGCGGAGGCCGAGAGCUACAUGAGAACACAUUCUUUCGAACGAGGUGGUGGCACUCGACUGGCUACCCUACAAGCAACCCUGUUGCUGUAUGAGAGAUACUCGGUGUUGGGCAAUGAAGAUUUCGGCUACACCAUGCUCCACCGAGCAAUAGAGAUGGCAGAAGAGCUUGGGAUCGUCAAUUCUGAAAAGCUGAGCCUCAGCAGUUCCCAACUGUCAGAAGAAAUGAUCAGAUCGAUCCAGCGCACCGCCUGGGGCAUCUUCCAGAUUGAUACUAUUGUCCAUACCAACUUUCUCAAACCGAGUCGUAUACGCGAAGUGAGUGUACAUCGGCUCCCCCGUGAAGAAAAUGGCCGCGAGGACUGGUCACCAUAUCCGUUGUCAAGCCACCCGCAGCCCUCCUACAUGAAUCAAUAUUUUGAUGAGGCUUGUAACCUGUCCUACAUCGCCAGAGACAUUUCCCGAAGUGUGCAAAUUGCAGAGGAAAAGAAGACCAGCUUGAACGAGGUCAAGCAGAAUGUUUAUGAUCGACUUUGCCAAUGGGACGCCGAUCUCCCAGAGAUAUUCGACCCUAAAGGACAGCCAGCGCCGCAUAUCCUACUACUCAGAAUGCGAUAUCACGCACUCAUGAUCAAUCUAUGCUGUGAUAACUUUGGUAAUUAUUCCUCGUUCGCAACCAUGGAGAAACGAGUGCCCAUGAACCUAGAUCCAGGGAAAGGAACUACGGCUUUCGAGGUGGCCCUCUCAUCUGCACGCCAGAUCUCUUUGAUAAUUCAAAUGAUGCGGGCACAGUACGGCAUGAGAUAUGUACAUCAAUUCGCCAUGUACGCCAUAAACGUUGCGAUAUACACCCUACUUGAGCAGCCAGAUUUCGACAUCGUCGACCCAGACUUCUUACAACUUACGGGUGCCUUUGCCACGAUUUCAAAUCGUUCCCAGGUAGGUAAGAGUCUGUAUCACUUCUUGAAGCUGUCAGUGAGAUCUCGAGACUCAAGUCACAAAAUCGAGACUCUUGAGGUGAUUCCCACGGAGCUUAAGGAGAUUUUCCCACAAGGCCAUCAAGACGGUGGAGCCAAACUCAGAUCAGGUCGCACUUCAAAUUCACAGCAAGAUUUAGAGGAUUCCCCGAAACCCGUACCGUCUCCAGGGUUGAAGGACAUGAUUGGGGAGUAUGAGAAAUUGAGCGUCGGCAAAGAGGAGAGGCCUUUUGACCACCGCGAGAGUGGCAAUUUUUCAUUUUGA